ACAGCACUUCCACUCCAAGGCAAAUACUCAAGAACCUAAGUAAAUCCGAGUCAAUUUUCUAGAGAACACUGGCCCCAUGGCACCCUGCCCCAUGCUGCAGAGGGAGACAGUGUUCCGGUCGGGGUCCCACGCCUACAGGAUCCCUGCUCUGCUCUACCUGCCGCAGCAGAAGACCCUGCUGGCCUUCGCGGAAAAACGGAUGAGCAAGAAGGACGAGCACGCUGAGCUGAUCGUCCUGCGCAGGGGAAGCUACGAUGCGUCCACCCACCAGGUGCAGUGGCACGCUCAGGAGGUGGUGGCCCAAGCCCAGCUGGAGGGCCACCGGUCCAUGAACCCGAGCCCCUUAUAUGACAAGAAGACGGGGACCCUCUUCCUCUUCUUCAUUGCCAUCCCCAGUCAGGUCUCCGAGCACCACCAGCUCCACACCAAGGUCAACGUGACACGGCUGUGCCACGUCAUCAGCACCGACCACGGGAGGUCCUGGAGCCCCGCCAGGGACCUCACCGGCUCUGCCAUUGGCCCCGCCCACAAGGAAUGGGCCACAUUUGCGGUGGGCCCAGGGCACUGUCUGCAGCUGCACAACGAGGCGAUGAGCCUGGUGGUGCCCGCCUACGCCUACCGCAACCUGCACGCCCACCUGGGGCCCAGCCCCUUUGCCUUCUGCUUCAUCAGCCACGACCACGGGCUCACGUGGGCAAGAGGCAACUUUGUGGCCCAGGACACCCUGGAGUGCCAAGUGGCCGAGGUCGGGGGCGCGACACAGAGGGUGCUGUAUCUGAACGCUAGAAGCCGCCUCCGCGCCAGGGUCCAGGCCGAAAGCACUAAUGACGGACUCGACUUCCGGGGCACCCAGCCAGUGCAGAAGCUCGUGGAGCCACCCCACGGCUGCCACGGCAGCAUCGUCAGCUUCCCUAGCCCCUGGGGGGGGUCAGGCUCCUCGGACAAGUGGCUGCUCUACACCCACCCGACAGACCCCCAGCAGAGAUCCAACCUGGGCGCCUACCUCAACAUGCGACCACCAGCUCCCGACGCCUGGUCCCAGCCCGCCCUGCUGGCCGAGGGCAGCUGUGCCUACUCAGACCUCCAGAACCUGGGCGUCGGCCCCGACGGCUCCCCCCAGUUUGGGUGUCUGUACGAAUCUGAUAACUACGAGGAGAUCGUCUUCCUCCUGUUCACCCUGAAACAAGCCUUCCCCGCUGAAUUUUCACCGCGGUGA